CUUGACUCCUCUCCCGUUCCGUGACCUCCAUCAUACCUACCGUGCCUAUCUCAUCUCCCAAAUUGCAUCAUUCACCAUCAUAAUGUACGUCUGCGAUGAUUGCAUCAAAUCCUUUUCCGCAUGGUGGUCUCGCGAGCAACAUUGCACCGCGACGGGCCAUCGCCCGCCCAAGUACGAAUGCGACACCUGCGACGCGUACUUUGGCUCUGAACAAGCACGUUGGCAACACAUGAACGCCAAGUGCCAUUUUUCGAGCUCCAGUGACGGCGGCUCAUCGUCCUGGGAGAAGUGCCGGUUGUGCAACGAUGCCUUUUACACCGACAAGGAAUGUAACGACCACAUGGUCAACGAGCACUUGUAUUGCCGUGACUGCGACCGGACAUUCAUGAAUCACAACAACCUCAGGCAGCACCUGAACUCCAGCACCCACCGGGGCAGCACCAUCCCCUGCCCCUUCUGCGCCGCGACCUACACCACCGCCACCGGCAUGACCCACCACCUCGAGAGCGGAGCCUGCCCGCGCGCCCCGAGCCUGAACCGCAACGAGCUGUACGAGCUGGUGCGCGCCCGCGACCCCCGCGGCAUCAUCUCGCGUCACUCGGUGCACCCGGAGACGGUCACCUACACGGCCACGGCCGCGGCGUACAACGGCUACGGCUACGAGUGUUUCUUCUGCCAGCGCGAGUUCGGCACCCUCCACGGCCUCAACCAACACCUCAACUCGCCGGCCCACCAGGAGGUGCUGUACCACUGUCCCAACACCCGCUGCGGCAGCGAGUUCAAGGCGCUGGCUGCUGUCAUCAACCACCUGGAGAGCGAGUCGUGCGGGGCCAUGCGGUUUGAGACGGUGCAGCGGCAGAUUGGUGAUAUCGUCAGCGGCAACCGUUUGCUGCAGUUUUAGGGGCAGGGAUGGGGGUUAUCAAUGACUUUGUUGGGGUGUGUUUUGAUCGGCUGUUCAGGCGUUACUGAUGGGAUAUUAAGUUGUCUGGCGUGAUAAUAUUAAGUACCUUACCUACUAGGUACAUGUAACCAGCGUACAUGGCCUGUUGAGUGGGCGUGGGCGAGGAUUUGGGUUUGGGGUACUGUGUACUUGAUGAGUGCGGCGAUUGACGGGGGAAAACGCGUGUUCUUUAUCAGAUGCUAGCCAUCAAAUAUCAGCUACUUCACAUUCGUGGUCGUCCAAUGAAUGGCACUAGAUAAUAU